AUGCAAAUCCAUACGGCGGACCGCACCCGGAACGCACAAGUUCUGCGGGUAAUUAAAGACGCGCCCCACUCGUGUCGGGUCACAGUCGACGCCGGCAAAAACGGCGACACCGUUAAUCCACCGCGCGUCCCCGGCAGACAUCAAAGGGAAUUCCGAACGAACCUAUUUGGCCGGCGCACGCAAAUUGUGCCCGCGCUUUUUCGACGAGCCCACCGUCGAAAUUCCCUCAUGGACAAUGCAACGUGGGGCGCACGAAAUGAUCCGUGGAUACUGAACCUUCGCCCUGCUUUGCCAAAGCCAAUUAGCAACGCUGUGACUAAACCAUCAAAACAUUACAGCAUCAUCAUCAGCCGGAAGAUAUCCACUGUGAACAAAGGCCUCCCACUUAGGACGCCACAACGUACAAGACUACCAAUCCACGCACAU